GGUUUGUUGAUAAUAAUAAUAAAAAAAGAGCGCAGCCGCUGUUUCAGUCGGGGUGAUUAAACGGAGCGCAUUCCUACACAGAGAGGAGGCGAACACACACACACACACACUCAAACACACACACACUCAAACACACACACUCAAACACACACAGACACACAGCUGCGCCUCGCGCGGGCUCGAGGCUCACGUAAAAACCUCACACCGGAGGCUCCGCGGCGCGGGGAACGGAGGGAGGGAGGGAAGCUCCGGCUUGGUUUACCUGGAAAAGCAGGGCUUUCCGUGGCGCCGCGAUGUCGGAGUUUCUGCUCGGUCUGCUCGGGGAGCGGCUCGUCGACGGCUCCAAAGCCGAGGUGGACGUGCAGUCCCUGGGCGCCGAGCUGUCCCUGGUCGGGCUGUUCUUCGGCUGCAGCCUGAACGGCCCCUGCAGGCAGUUCAGCGGCAGCCUGAGCGACUUCUACGGCCGCUUCAAGAAGGCGUCCGAGCACAAGGACAAGCUGGAGAUCGUCUUCGUCUCGUCCGACCAGGACCAGAAACACUGGCAGGACUUUGUGCAGGAGAUGCCGUGGCCUGCCUUACCUUUCAAAGACAGACACAAAAAGAUGAAGCUGUGGAACAAGUACAAGGUGACCAGCAUCCCGUCUCUGGUGUUUGUGGACGCAGCGACAGGAAAGAUCGUGUGUCGAAACGGUCUUCUGGUGGUCAGAGAUGACCCCAAAGGCCUGGAGUUCCCCUGGGGGCCGAAGCCGUUUGCGGAGGUGGUGGCAGGGCCUCUGCUCAGGAACAACAGGCAGACGACAGACAGCAGCUCUCUGGAGGGCCACUAUGUGGGAGUGUAUUUCUCAGCACACUGGUGUCCACCGUGUCGCAGUUUGACCCGGGUUCUGGUAGAAUCCUAUCGAAUCGUCAAAGAAAUGGGCCAUAAGUUUGAGAUCGUGUUCGUCAGCGCUGACAGGUCGGAGGAGUCCUUUCAGCAGUACUUCAGCGAGAUGCCGUGGCUGGCCGUGCCGUAUUCAGACGAGGCUCGGAGGUCACGACUCAACAGACUUUAUGGAAUACAAGGUAUUCCCACGCUGAUCUUGUUGGACUCGGAGGGUCACGUGAUCACGCGACAGGGCCGGGUGGAGGUGCUGAACGACCCCGAGUGCCGGCUCUUCCCGUGGCACCCGCGGCCCGUGCUGGAGCUCAACGAGUCCAACGCCGCGCAGCUCCACGAGGGGCCCUGCCUCGUCCUGUUUGUGGAUGCUGAGGAGGAAGGUGAGCUGGAGCCGGCCAAGGAGCUGAUUCAGCCAAUAGCGGAGAAGCUCAUGGCCAAGUAUAAGGCCAAGGAGGAGGAGACGCCGCUGCUGUUCUUUGUAGCCGGAGAGGACGACAUGUCGGACUCGCUGCGAGACUACACCAACCUCCCGGAAGCGGCGCCCCUGCUCACCAUCCUGGACAUGUCGGCUCGAGCCAAGUACGUCCGUGACGUGGAGGAGAUCACGCCGGCGGUGGUGGAGCAGUUCGUCGGCGACUUCCUGGCUGAAAAGCUCAAACCGGAGCCCAUCUGAGAAAGAAGCAGCAAUCGGACCUUAAGCAAAGGGGACUCUGACUCGAUCAUACUCCACCCUUUCAGCCUCUCUUGUUCACCUUCACAUCUUUAGAAAAAAAAGUCAUUUUUACUGAUGUUUUAACUUUUUUUUUAAAUAUUUCCCUCUUUUCACUGAGUCCUCUUUCUCCUCUUGUGGUGCCUUGCAUUGACUCUAGUCCAUACAGUAAUAUAUAUAUGAAGAUUUUGUUCCUUUUUUUAUAUUUUUACACAAUAGCACAAUAGCAUUUCUGAACUCUGAAACAGAAAAAGACCCAGUGGACCUACCCGUUGAAGCUUUGCUUGCUGUUCUGACUGCAGAAUCUGUGUCUUUUGGUUUCUGGACGACGUUAGGAAAGACUUAAACGCUUUUGUUGUUUACGUGUAGCUCAGACGGGCCCAAACCUCAGCCUUGUAAAACCCUAUUUAAAGAAAAACAGCAGGUGCACACACAGUUAAGAAGCACACGUUUUUGUUUUUUGUUGGCUUGUAACAAAUCAGCGACUGAUGUUUUUACCACCCAUGUCUUGUGUCGCAAUGUGAGUGAAAGUUCAUCUCCAGCCUGAUCGUUCUCAUCUCAGUCGUUUAGAGGAUUUUCUGUGAAGGUCCCCUAAUGGAGAAAAAGAAAACACUUUUUUUUUCUGGCACAAAAAUAGAAUUUUGAAAGUGUUUGAAUGUAUAAAUCUUUAUAUUCUGUUAUUUUGGUUAACUUCAGUACACAUUAAAAACUCACUUGCAAGCACA